AUGCAAGCACCUCGCUGGAACCCUUCGAUGAACGCGGCCUCCAAGGCCAAGCCAGGACCGACCACGUCGGCCCGCACGACGCGCGCCGCCUCGACUGCCAGCACACGCACCACCUCGACUGUCUCCACGCGCACGCAGCGCGCGGCAACAGCGCCAGAAGCGAUGGUCGUCCCGGAACGCCACGCCCGUGAGCUCGCUGCCUUGCGCACCGAGUACGAAGAACGCCUCGAGAGCCUCCGCACCGACUGCCAGAUGCAGUUGGCGGCGUUGGCCACAACCUUGCGUGCCGAGCACCAAGCCAACAUUGCCGCUGUGACGACGACGCUGCAGCAAGAGCACCAAGAAGCCUCGGCCGCCUCGGACGCCAACCUGCGCCAAGAGCACUCGAUCAAAGAGACGGCUCUCAUCUCCGAGCUUACAAAGCUGGCCGCACAGCGCGACGCCAGCCUCGAGCGCGCUCAGGACGACCACAUCGCCUCGCUCCAAGCCGAGCUCGAGCUCACGACCAGCAACCUCGCACACGCCGAGCACGCGCUCGACCAGACCAAGCGCGACCUUGCAACGUCCAAAGCGACCGAAAACGACAACGCGGUCCUCCUCCGCGACGCUACCAACACCAUCGCGUCCAAGGACGAGCGCAUCCAGACGCUUCAAGCAGACCUCGACAGCCAUGCACAAGAUUUCGCUGGCGUCGUGGACCAGCUCGAGCAAGCGCACCAGGACUUGGCGUCGCAUCAAGCGCAAGAACGCGAGCUCCAAGACCAGCUCGACCGCCUCCAGGACGAGCUCACGGACAGCUUGACGGAUCGAUGCUAUGCGACGAUGGACCACGACGCCACCAUCAAGACCAUGAACGAGCGUCUCCAGAUGCUGCAAGCCGACGUCGACGGUCAUGAGCAGCGGAUGCUCCUUCAAGUCUCGGUGAAGGACGCCUCGUUGGUCUCGCAUCAAGCUCGCAUCGACGAACUACUGGGUCAGCUUGCCGUGGCCAAGAUGGCCGCUGGCAGCGCCCAGCUUCUUCACGACGCGACGAUCGAGACCAAGGAAGCGGCCCUCCGCCAGCUUCAAGUCGACCUCCACGAACGCGACCAGCUCGCUCAGACGCACCAUGGUAUUGUCGACCAGCUUCAGCGUGCUGUGGCCACCAAGGACGAGCUUUUGGCCGCACACGAAGGUCAAGUCCGCGAUCUCCAAGGUCAGCUUCGAGUGGUCCAAGCCAAGAUCGAGGCUACCGAGGCAGCUCAAGUCGGUGCAGCCCGCGCUCAAGCAACGUCCAUGCAAGGCAAGGACGAGCAGAUGCUCAUGCUCCAAGAAGACCUCGAGGGCCGCACGAAUCAAGUCGCAGCGCUCGUUCGCACGCGCGAUCAGCUCCAAUGCGACGUGGCCGAGCUCCAAUCCGACGUGGCCGAGCUCCAAGCGCAGAUUCGCCAGCUUCAAGACGAUCUCGACGACCACGCGCAGCGAGACCAGGAGCUUGGCCGUCUGCUGGAGCAGCUGGAGCAAGUUCAGUGCGACUUGGCUGGCAACGACGAGCUGCUGCUGUUGGCGCACGAGACCCAAGUUUGUGAUCUCCAAGCCCAAGUCGACGACCUCCAAGAUGUCGUGCUCGAGCUCGACCAGCAGCUGGAGACGAGCGAAGCGUACACGCGAGUCCUCGAGUCUGACGCCGUCGGGAGCCGCGAAGAAGUGCCCGAGGUGACCCACCGCCGCUGCGACCGUCGCACCUCCGUGUACACCGACGCGAUGGCUGGUCGACCUGUAUCUCUGUAG